AUGUCCGCAUCAAUACCUGGAAAUCGAGAGCUCCCCGCCUCUCAAUAUGAUCUCAGCACAUAUUGGGGACGAGUGAUGCACUCCGCAAAUAUUUCAGAUCCUAGGACAUUACUCGUGAAUGCAGCUGGAUUGGAACAUGCGAAGAGUCUGGUGGCAGGAUAUAAGCAGGGGAAGAUCGCAGAAAUGAAUGAUGAGCUAUGGAAAGCGAAGAAGGUGGUCGAUUCGACAUUACACCCGGAUACCGGCGAUCCAGUGUUUCUACCAUUCCGAAUGUCCUGUUUUGUGAUUUCGAAUUUGGUCGUUACUGCGGGAAUGCUGACACCUGGACUCGGAACGACGGGCACACUCCUCUGGCAAAUCACCAAUCAAUCCCUCAAUGUUGCGAUCAACAACGCCAAUGCCAACAAAUCUACCCCUCUAUCCAUUUCGAAAAUCACACAAUCAUACUUCCUCGCAGUGGGUGCAUCAUGUUCGGUAGCAUUGGGACUGAAUGCUCUCGUACCUCGAUUAAAGCGAGUCAGUCCAGCCACAAAGACAAUCUUGACAAGAUUGGUUCCGUUUGCGGCGGUUGCAAGUGCUGGAGCUCUCAAUGUCUUCCUCAUGCGCGGAGAGGAAAUUAGACAAGGCAUUGAGGUGUACCCAGUUCUUUCGGAGGCAGAUAAAGCCAAGUUGGCAGCGGAAGGCAAAUCAGAAUCCUCAGUACCAUCCCUCGGCAAGAGUAAGAAAGCUGCCACUCUCGCAGUAUCGGAGACUGCUCUUAGCAGAGUAUUGAAUAGCUCCCCAAUUAUGGUAAUUCCGCCAUUGAUUCUGGUCCGACUUCAGAAGCAGGACUGGCUCAAGAAGAACCCAAGACUUACUACGCCUGUCAAUCUGGGCCUCAUUCUCACCACCAGUCUGUUCGCUCUUCCAUUGGCUCUUGCAGCAUUUCCACAAAGACAGAGUGUUGAUGCUUCCAGCCUUGAAAAGGAGUUUUGGGAUAAAGGCGGAGAGAACGGGAAGGUUGUAUUCAAUAGAGGUAUAUAA